CAAAUUUAAGUCAAAUUUAAUCAGAUUUGAACAUAUUGAUUUAAAUAUUAUGUGUAUAUAGUAUUUUCAAGUAAACUUCAAUUUUUUACAAUGUCUGAAAUUCAGAAAUUCGAAGUUUUAUUUAUUUUGGGAGGUCCUGGUGCAGGUAAAGGUACACUGUGCAGGAACAUUAAUGAAAAAUAUGGUUAUGUACAUUUAUCAGCUGGUGAUCUAUUAAGAGAGGAGCGUAUGAAUUCCAAUUCGAAAUAUGGAGAACUCAUUGAAAAUUAUAUUAAAGAUGGAAAAAUUGUACCUGUUGCAAUUACUUGUAGUCUUCUGGAUCGUGCGAUGCAAAUGACCGAUAGUCCUCAUAAAAGAUUUCUGAUUGAUGGUUUUCCACGAAAUCAAGAUAAUAUUGAUGGUUGGAAUAAGGCAAUGUCCAAUAAAUGUGUAAUAAAAGGAGUAUUAUUCUGUCAAUGUAGUAAAGAAGUAUGUACUCAGCGAUGCUUAAAUCGUGGUGCAGCGGGUAGUGGAAGGGCUGAUGAUAAUGAAGAAGUUUUAGUCAAAAGACAUGAAACUUAUAUCUCCAAUACAUUACCUAUAAUUGAAUAUUUUGAGAAAGAAGGCUUAGUAUAUAAAGUAAAUAGUAUGCAAUUACCAGAGAAAGUAUUUGAAGAAGCUAAAGAAAUUUUAUCUAAAAUAGGUUGGUGAUGGAUUAAUAAAAAAAUUUAAUGAUCUUAGUGAGAUCAAAUUAUGCCCUAUUUGCAUUUAAUGUUAUUUUAUUACAGAAAAAAUAUAUAUAUUUUGUAAAAAUAUUUUAUUUAGACUAAUAUAAUGUAUUAUAUUUGUAUUAUAUUGCAUUUAGGGGAUAUUAAAUUAUUCCAACUUUAAUGUCUCUGUUAAUUAUCUCAAUAUUUUUUGUUUUCUUAACGUGAUUGAUGUAAUUGAUUUGUAAAGUUUAUUAUUUAUAACUUUUAAGAUUACAAUAAUAUUUUGUAUAAAAAUUUGCAAAUAUUUUGUUGUGAUUUUUAGUAUCUAUUUAAUCAAAAUUUUGUGGAUAAAAUUAUUUUUAAAUAUGGAAUGUUUGUUUUGUUUAGAGAAAAUAAUGCAGGAAAAUUAGCAACAUGAUAGAGAUAAAUAUACGUAU